AGUUCAAAGGUCAAAAAGCAGCUGUGCAUAUGGCGCAUGUUCAUGCAGUAUGUGUCGCUACUGUCGCAUAAAAGUUCAGUAGUUUUACUGUAGUUGGAGUAUUAAAAUAAACUUUUAAAGUGACAGAUAGUUUUUUGGUGGGUGACAUGGCAGGUCCAGAGCUGCUGCUAGACUCCAGUAUUCGUCUGUGGGUCGUUUUGCCCAUAGUCUUCAUCACAUUCUUCGUCGGUGUUUUGCGACAUUAUGUCACUCAACUGAUUCAUAACGAGAAGAAAGUGGAUCUGCAGCAGGUGUCUGACAGCCAGGUGUUGCUGCGCAGCCGCAUCUUGAGGGAAAAUGGAAGAUAUCUUCCCAAACAGUCAUUUGCCAUGCGAAAACACUAUUUCAACAACCCUGAGACUGGGUUCUUCAAGAAGGUCAAAAGAAAGGUGACCCCCAAAAACCCAAUGACCGACACCAGCAUGCUGACGGACAUGAUGAAAGGGAACCUGACCAAUGUGCUGCCAAUGAUUCUGAUUGGAGGAUGGAUCAACUGGGCCUUUUCUGGAUUUGUCACAACUAAAGUUCCUUUUCCUCUGACUCUGAGAUUCAAGCCCAUGCUGCAGAGAGGAAUUGAGCUCAUCUCUCUCGAUGCGUCCUGGGUCAGUUCAGCAUCAUGGUAUUUUCUCAAUGUGUUUGGGCUCAGAAGCAUGUACACCCUCAUCCUUGGACAAGACAAUGCUGCAGAUCAGUCAAGAAUUAUGCAGGAUCAAAUGACGGGAGCCGCGAUGGCGAUGCCACCUGAUCCUAAUAAAGCAUUUAAAAGCGAGUGGGAAGCUCUGGAGAUUGUGGAGCACAAAUGGGCCCUGGAGAACAUAGAAGAGGAGCUCAUGUGUCAGGAUCUAAACUUCAGAGGACUCUUUAGCCAAGAACUGCAGUAAAAACAACCCUAUUCUGAUGAUCGUCUGAUUUGAAAUCGGCACUGAUGUGUUUUUGCCAGAGGUAUUAAUAUACAGAGUUUCUCAUGUCUUAAGACCGUAUUUAUAUGCGAAGUAAUGCCUAUUUUUGGGUUAGUUGUAUCCGAAGUGUCCUUAAAAUGCCAGUUCGGCUUUCAUCUUUGAUUAAACAGUCUCUGUCGUGCA